GACAGCGCGUGAGGACGCCGCCCCGCCUCCGCCGCCAGGGGGCGCAUCUGCGCGGCGGCGGCAAUGGCGGGCGGGGAGGGGGUUGCGGCUGCGGCUGGUAGUGCCGCCGCUGAGGGGAGCGAAGCCGGGAAGGGCGGCAGCUACGACGGCAAGUGCGUGUUCUGCAGGAUCGCCCGCCGCGAGGAGCCGGGCACGGCGCUGCUCUCCUCCGAGUAUGAAGACAUCACUUGCUUUAGAGAUUGCAGACCUGGAGCUCCCCACCACUAUCUGGUGGUGCCGGUGGAACACAUGGGAAACUGCAAAACACUGAAGAAAGAACACAUACCUUUAGUGAAGAGAAUGAUGGAAGUUGGAAAAGCUGUCCUCCAGAGAAAUUACUUUAGUGACUUGCAUGAUGUAAGAAUGGGUUUUCACUGGCCUCCAUUCUGCUCAAUCUCCCACUUGCAUCUUCACGUCCUGGCCCCAGCCAGCCAGCUAGGAUUCUUAUCCAGACUCUUUUACAGAAUCAAUUCCUACUGGUUUAUCACGGAAAUAAAAUCUUUGCUCUCACUUCACGGUGGACAGUUCAGCGGUGAGCAGGAAAUUCGUGUAAAUUCUCCAUUUUGGAUUCUCAGUAUUCCUUCAGAAGAGAUGGCAAGGGGACUGAUGAAACGGACAGUAUGUGCAAAAUCUAUAUUUGAACUGUGGGGUCAUGGAAGAUCUGCAGGAGAGCUUUAUGCAUCUUUGAAGAACUAUCCAGUGGACAAGAUGCUUCCAUAUCUGCAGUCAGACUCUACUUACAAAAUACAUAUUCAUACAUUUAACAAAACACUGACUCAAGCACAGAAAAUAAAAAAGAUAGAUGCCCUUGAAUUUCUGCCGUUCAAAGGAAAAGUAAAUUUAAAGAAACCAGAACACAUCUUUUGGAUUUUAGAAGAUUAUGGAAUGGACCCUAAUAAUGUUCCAGAGGAGCCUUUUCACCUGUAUUUUGGUAGAUGGAUUGCAGAUGGCCAAAGAGAACUUAUUGAGCCCUACAGUGUGAAAAAGAGACACUUCAUUGGAAACACGAGCAUGGAUGCCUGCCUGUCUUUCAUUAUGGCAAACCAUGGGAGAGUAAAACCCAAUGAUGUUGUAUAUGAUCCAUUUGUGGGAACAGGUGGCCUUCUAAUCUCCUCAGCACACUUUGGAGCAUAUGUUUGUGGUACCGAUAUAGAUUACAAUACAAUCCAUGGAUUAGGCAAAGCAACCAGAAAGAACCAGAAAUGGAGAGGGCCAGAUGAAAAUAUCAGAGCUAAUCUCCGACAGUAUGGUUUAGAGAAAUAUUACCUCGAUGCACUAGUUUCUGAUUCUUCAAGACCAAUAUGGCGAAAAGGGAUGCUGUUCGAUGCAAUCAUUACAGAUCCACCAUAUGGUAUCAGAGAAGCUACUCGCAGAACGGGUUCACAAAAGGAAACAGUUAAGACAGCUGAAAGAAGCGCAGAAAAUCACCUCUUCGUUUCAUCCAGUUAUCAUCUGAGUGACAUCUUUUUUGACCUAUUGAAGUUUGCGGCAGAGUAUUUGGUGAUGGGAGGAAGAUUAGUUUACUGGCUGCCGAUAUACAGGCCUGAAUAUACAGAAGAGAUCAUUCCUCGCCACCCAUGCCUGAAACUUAUUAGCAACUGUGAGCAGAUGCUUUCCAGCCAUACAUCAAGGCGCCUGAUAACUAUGGAAAAGGUGAAAGAAUUUAAGGAUCAAGAUCAGAAUUCUUACUUGUUGGAUGGACAAUAUAUGCCAUACAGGGGACACAAUUCUUUCCGUGAGAAGUAUUUCAGUGGUGUGACAAAGAGGAUUGCCAAGGAAGAAAAAGACAAUCAGAAGUAAAAUAUAAUAUAAACAGAUUAAAAAAUGAGGAAAGAAUGAAGGUCGUGUUUCUUGGUAAGGACAUCUGGAUAUGAACAUUCAUUCGGAUACUUCAGAAAAAUAAACAUUUUAAAACAAGAUGAAACCCACAACACAGGUUGAGAGCAGUUCUUUUUAAUUAGCUUUGUUUAUAGCAGAUUUUAUUGUACAAGUUUUUUGAGUCUUAUUUAAUUUAUAUUUGUACUUUCAAGUACUAAUGAUGAUUGACUAAAACCAUUAUUACUGUUCUUUCACCAUUAAUGUUUACAAAAAAGUAGUAGUAUUAUUUGGCUUCUUAAACUGUAAACAUCUGGCUGUUUCAGCCACACGUGGUGGUGAUUAACGAUUGCUUAUUAAGAUGAUCAUUUUCAUUUGUUUUGCUUUUUUGUACAUGGUAUACAAUAAACCAAAAGAUUGUUGUGA